AUGGCGUACCGGCGGAAAUCUCCCCCUGUUGCACAGUUAAGUCUAUUUCGCCAAUUACAGUUGAUGUGCAAUGCCACUUCUUUGGGUUUGCCCUUUCAAGUUCAUAACGCACAGUCAUUGUUGGACCAGUUAAAAAUAAAUAAUGCUGCAACGUAUGCUCAGUUUACGAGGAAUGCUGCCCGUCAGGAUUUUUUUUCCAGGCGAGUGGUUGGUGGCUCUAGUGACUGCGCUCUCAUAACAGAUGCCCCAACAUUUACUCUACCCCUUCCAAAGUAUUUUAUUAAUCCUUCUGACACGGCUGAGGAUUUUGUGCCUCGCGUAUUUUAUCAUGGCUCCAUGGUGAAGCGCGGAGCCGAGCUCCGUGAUGAAAGCUACCUCCCACGUUGUGGAUUGACUGGACUGUUUUUUUCACGGGAGGAGGUUGUAGAUAACCUUCAAGCGGCCGCUGCCGAACUGGGAUUUAAGUCACCGUUUUGGAUUCGAAACGACCACCCAGCACUCGGCAACUUUCUUGAGCUUAAAGACGGGAGUGAAGCGAUAUGCCUAAGCCUCACAGCGGCCAUCACAAGUAUAGAUAACGUAGAGUCUUUUCACGAGGACCUUUGGCACCCUGUUCUUCGGCAGGCAGUUGGCUCAAAAGGGCCUGCGUUUGGAGACGAUGUUCCGCUUGGGAUGAACGCCUUUUCGGGCUUCGUUACAAAAAACCCUUUUGUGCAAAGCUUGCCUAAUCGUGGCGUCUGGAUCUCCCAGGAACAGUUCCUUCAAAACAAUUUACAGCUCAAGAGGAAGGCAUGUGCCUCACCGGGCAACCCAUUUGUGCUUGUCGAGGCGGAGCAAUGGGAGAUGCACAAUGCGGACCAACUCAGUGUUCCUGGAAGAUUAGCCUUACAGCGUUCUGUGGACAAAAGUUCUGAAAAUGUUUCCGCUUUCUCAUGA